AAAGUGCUCGAGAUCCGAGCCAAAACUCGGUGCACUCACUAAAUUCACUCACUCACGCACUGUAUGGCCUCCAAAACUCAACCUCAUCAGAGUCAGAGGCAAAGCUCUCCAGCCGCCUAUCAAUGGCAGACUACGAAACCCACCACCACUCAUCAAUCCCAAAAGAGACAGCUCUGCAAGCCCUAAACACCAUCAUCCAGCUUCACUUCGAGAAGACCCUCGAGAAGAAGAGGUCCAUAGACCUCCAGAAGAAGGAGCUCCACAAGCUCUUCAUCCUGUUCUUCAUCUUCCUCAGCCUCAUCUUCUUUGCCGAGGCCCAGUCCUCGAGGCUUCAAUGCCGCCACUGCUGGGUCCCAAUCGUCCUCCUCUCCCUGGCCCACCUCAUCUUCUACGUGGCAGUUGCUCAGACCCUGCGCUGCAUCAAUGGGUUCAAGUACCAGAGGCGCUGCCACAAGCUAACACUUGGGCUGGCCACUGAGAAGCUGAGGGAGAUGAAGAUGAGGCUGAGUAGCGCUAAUGGCGGUGGAGGGGACUUUGAUGGGGUUUCUGAGAAUGAGUUUGAGAUUCAUUAUCAAGAGCCUCCUGAGAGUUACUUUGGUAAGUUCAAGAGGAAUUGGGCCUUGCAUUUUGGCUUCUUGAUUGUCAUUUAUGGCUUCAUGGUGGCUUCCUCUGUUGUUCUCCUGUGUUUUUAGGUUUUUUUUUUUUCCCUGUGAUUAAGGUGAAAUGUUAGAGAGGAGAGUUUAGAACUUUUGUCAAAUUUGAUUAAAUUCUAGAAUUCUAAUUGUUAUCCAUUGCCACAAGUUUGCCCUCAUAAUUUACAUUCAUCAUCUUUCUUUAUCUUUUAUAGGUUUCUUCUUUUUUGCUGUGAUCUUUUUCUACAUACCAAGUUAG